AUGAGUCCCUCUCCUCAAUCCAUCCUCAUCAUCGGCUCGGGAGUGUUUGGCCUCUCUACCGCCUGGGCGCUCACCAAGAGGUCGUCUUUUGAUAACACGGUCAUCACCAUCGUGGACGAUGUGCGUGGAGCAUCUUUCCCACCAGGAGACUCUGCCAGCGUAGACUCGUCGAGAAUCAUCCGACCCGACUAUGCCGACCCGGAUUAUGCCGAGUUGGCAGCUUUGGCACAACAGGAGUGGCGCAAGCAAGGCGAUGACGAGCUUGGUGGUCAGGAACGGUAUACCGAGUCUGGCCUGCUUCUUGCGGCAAAUGAGUCGACGGAGCCCAAGACGUCAGGUAUGGGCUAUACCAAGUCCAGUUGGGAGAACGCAACGCGCAUCGCCAAUGAGAGCGGGCAGGCCCAUAGAAUUCGACCUCUGGAAACGCCCGCGGCUUUACAGCGCAGCUUAGGCGUGGACGGCCAUCCCGGCGAUUGGGGGUAUGUCAAUGAGCUUUCCGGAUGGGCAAAUGCCGGCGAGGGCAUGAGAUGGUUAUACAACCGGGUCAAGGCCACAGGCAGGGUCAACUUUGUGGAUGGACGAGCGGAGGAACUCAUUACUGACGGCAAGAGAGUUGUUGGGGCACGAAUGAGCGAUUCUGGAGUCCUGACGGCGGAAGUCGUAUUUGUUGCAGCAGGCGCAUGGACGGGCAGCUUGAUUGACCUAAGAGGACGAGUAGAGGCCACAGCCCAGCCUUUGGGCUACAUCGACAUCUCAGAGGAAGAGUUUGAGGUACUGGCGAAGCAGCCCGUGGCACUGAAUCUCAGCACUGGCUUGUUUAUCAUUCCGCCACAGUCGCGCGUCUUGAAGAUUGCGCGACACUGUUUUGGAUACCUCAAUCCUGUGCUUGUUGAGACAGCACUGGCAGCCUCGCCCUCCGAGGAACGUAAGCCCAUUGUGGUGUCGAGACCACUGACACAACGGGAUGGGAGCAGGAAUGCUACCUCACUGCCGCCAGACGCAGAUCAGGCGCUGCGCCAAGCCUUGAGGGACAUGUCGCCCGUCAAAGGGCUGGACAGUCGGCCGUGGAAGGAAACGAGAUUGUGUUGGUAUUCCGACACGAGCGACGGCAACUUCCUGGCGGACUGGCACCCGGGCUGGGAAGGGCUGUUUGUUGCGACAGGUGACAGCGGGCACGCGUAUAAGUUCUUGCCCGUCCUUGGAGACAAGCUGGUGGACUGUAUGGCAGGGAACGGAGGCAAGCUCGGAGAGAAGUGGAAGUGGAAGAAGGAGGCAGCAGCAGACGCAGGCCGAGAAAUUGGUGGAAAGUUCAAGGGGCUGGUGACGAUGGACGGGAGCAGGGGAGGGAGUCCAGGGUUGAUAUUGCAAGAGGAACUAUCGGGGAGAUGA